CUGAAAAUAACAUUGCAGUGCCUAACAGCUCAGGUAACGACUGUCACUACUCACCCGUUUUCUGGGUGCCCUUAUUGAGCACUGAUAAAUAAACCAAUGGUAUUUUUCUUCUUAUGUUAAAUGGACCACAUGGUGUAAGAAGGUUUGUAAAAGGGAUCAUCUGGCCAUGAUGGUCUACUGUAUUUGUCAAUAACAAGCUCAAUUUAUGUAGUUCUGUUUUUUUAUUUUAAUUUUAUUAAUUUAUCUGGCAAAUGAUACUACCUAGCAUUUUCAAUUUUAACCAUUUGUUUUGGAAAAAUCGGGAAAUAAAUCAUGAUUUGCAAAACGCCCACCAAAAAUUUUAAUCGUGGCCACACCUCCUGCCUCCAUGUCUUGGUGGGAAAUUCAUCACUACCCCAGUCUAAGUGCUGGAACGAGUUUAGGUUUCGGUACACAUUUCUAUGAGCAAUACACAUCAAUAUGCAUUCAUUGGGAAGACCGUGACGUUUCACCCCGGUACGCUUUCUAUGCAUUAAGUUGCCACUGUGUUUGAAAACAAAACAAAACAGCAACAACAUUUUGCAGCACCCGCGUGAAGUGUCUAUUACAGCCAUCUUAUUUCUUGUUUAUACGGCAACUGCCUGAACAUCCUGUUUUUAAUUACUUCUCUGCUGCAGCAGAUGCUUCUCGCCAGCAACCUGCUGCGGAUGACUCCCUCGAGAGCUAAUGUGCUGUGACAGACCCCACUUUUCCAAUCAAUAACUUGCCCUAAAUCUGCCAUCGCUCUGACUGCCAAGCGGAGUGCCCCUGCUUCUAAUGGUGCAUCAUUUUCUUUAAGGGGGCGUAAUUGUGAACAGUGACAUCAAACACCAUAGAGGGAGAAAGUGCAUGCACAGGAAGUGAUGUUCAAAAAGUCAGACUUCCUUAUUUUGCCUCCCGGAUGCUCACUGGUGCAACAGAGCAUUUCGGUGCUUGUUGUGAAUACAAUCUUCAGGAUGACACUACUUCCAAACUCUUCCCACACUUGGCUUCCAGCUGAGCAUCGUACAUUUGGCCUGGUCUUCUACAGCUUUCUUUUCAUCAUCGGAGUCAUCGUCAACAUGACAGCUUUGUGGGUGUUUGCCCUGACCACCAAGAGGAGGAGCUCCGUCACCAUCUACAUGAUCAACGUGGCACUAGUGGAUCUCACCUUCAUCCUGAUGCUCCCCUUCCGCAUGGUCUACCUCCAAAGGGACUUCUGGCCCUUCGGCAACCUUUUCUGCCGUGUCAGUGCCACUCUCAAUGUCUUUUACCCCUGCAUUGCCCUAUGGCUCUUUGGUCUGAUCAGCGCUGAUCGCUACAUGGCCAUUGUGCAGCCCAAGCAAAGCAAGGAGCUACGAAAUGUCCCCAAAACGGUGGUGGCAUGCCUUGGGGCCUGGCUCAUGACCCUGGCCGCCACCGCAUCCUUACUCUUCUCAGCGGACGAUCCUGAUGCCGUCGCCAACUUCACCACCUGCCUCAAAAUGGUGGACUUUAUCUAUCUGCGCCACAACGAUCCUGUCAAUUUCACACGGAUCGCGUUCUUCUUCCUGCUUCCCAUCUGCAUCAUGAUUGGCUGCAACGUGGUCAUUGUGGAGAACCUGAUCCGUGGGCGCGCCUCCAAGCUCAAACCCGAAGUGAAACAGAAGUCCAUCCGCAUCAUCAUAACGCUCAUCGUGCAGGUUCUGGUGUGUUUUGUACCCUUUCACUUAUGCUUGCUGCUCCAUUUACUAGGUUUGGACAAAAAUGAGGCCUUCAGGACAUGUGCCGUGUUCUCUACCUUCCUCAUGAACUCGAGUAACAUUUUGGACAUCAUUCUCUACUACAUUGUCUCCAAAGAGUUCCAGGAGAGGGUUUUUAGUGUCAUCCUGUACCGUAACUACCAGCGAAGUGUCCGGAGAAAGAGCAGACAUAGGAGCAGCAUGCGAUCCAUGAGCAAUGUGACAAGUGCCAUGAUUUGAAACAAUGAAAUGAAAAGAUGACGCAAUAUAUGAGACAGGGCAGCAAGUGGUCAGCAUGUCAGAUUCACAGUUCUGAGGUUCAGGUUCGAACUCAACUCCAAGCUUCCUCUGUGAUGCUUGAAUUUUCUCAUCCGUGUGAGUUUUUUUUCUGGGUACUCCUGCAACCUCUCCCACACUUCAAAAAUAUGCAUGACACGUUCAUUGAAGACUCUAAAUUGUCCAUAGGUAUGAUUGGUGAUUGUGAGUGUAUAUUGUGUGUUGUCUUUUUUUUUUGUCCAUACUAGUUGCCAACUUACCCCACCUCUUGCCCCUAAUACAUAGCUUCAGCUUACUCAUGACCCGAAUGAGAACAGGUGGCAUAGAAAAGGUAUGACUGCAUACGUCAGACACAUAAAAACAAGCGGUAGGAGAUUCCGGCAUGUAAUUUACACUCAUGGUGUGCGUGCGUGCUCCUAUUGUGGUGAAAACAUCUGUGUGCUGAACUGAUGGAGCCACCCAAGAGAUUUCAGAAUAUCUUUACACACAAACAACAGUUCCGUUUUUUUUUUUCAAUUUCACUGUGCGCAUGAAGGUGAAAAUAAGGCUCCCAAUCAUUAAGAUAUAGCCUCAAGUAACAUCUUGGCGAGUUCUAUAAUUUACAUGUAAACAUGUAAAAUCUCCAGUAAGUCGAUUCUAUUAAACUUCUUUUUUUGGUCAUGUACUUUUGGGUUUGUUAAUGUUAUCAUUCGGCUGGAAACUUAAGUACUGUAUUUCCUCUAAUGUUGUCUACCUAAGACAGGGUGCAGCAUCCACUUAUGACAAAUCAAUUCCAUCCAUACGUGAUCUGAUCCGGUUAGUUUCAUGAGGGUUGCGGGACAAAUAAAUUCCUCAAAUAAAAGAGACAUUGUAGAAAUUUUCAAGUCCCCCAUUUUAUAACAGUUGCAACGUGUCUUUACAUCAAAGUGGGAUUAAAAGCUCUUUACACACCCUA